GCACACUACCUUCGACAGCUUUUUGCGUCUUUAUUGUACUCUAAGAGCAUGUGUAGACCUGAGCAUGUUUGGGAUAGUUGCUGGAAAUAUUUGUCUGAUGACAUACUUCAUCGUCAAAGACAAGUCAUUGGAAGACAAGAUUUUCAUAUGAGUGAUGAGGAAAUCAAGAAUAAUGCUCUUGCUGAAAUUGAGAAAAUUCUUCAAGGAAAUGGAAAGAGUCUUGAUGAUUUUCCUUCCAUGCCAAAGCCUAAUGGUGUGAUAUUUUGUGGCAUACAUAAUAAAUUAAUUUUGGAUGAAAUGUGCUAUGACAGAGCUUUUCUAUCUGAAGAAUUGAAUAAGUAUUUGUCAUGUCUUACUGAUGAGCAAAGAAAGGUUUAUGAUACUAUAAUACAAGCAGUUAAUAAGAAUAAAGGAGGUGUUUUCUUUCUAUAUGGUUUUGGAGGCACUGGGAAAACAUUUGUUUGGAAAACUCUAUCAGCAUCUUUUAGAUCAAAGGGACAGAUUGUUCUUAAUGUUGCUUCAAGUGGUAUUGCUGCAGAAUUACUCCCUGGAGGAAGAACAGCACAUUCUAGAUUUGCCAUACCGAUAGACAUAAAUGAGGAUUCCACUUGCAACAUAAAAAAAGGGACUCCUUUGGUUGAGUUGCUGUCCAAGACCAAAUUAAUUAUAUGGGAUGAGGCUCCAAUGUCACAUAGGUUUUGUUUUGAAUCAUUAGACAAAUCCUUGAGAGAUAUCUUCAAAGAUGACAAUAAUGACGUUUCAAAAAAUCCUUUUGGAGGGAUAAUUAUUGUUCUUGGAGGUGACUUCAGACAGAUUUUACCAGUAGUUCCUUAUGGCGGUAGACAAGAAAUUGUUCAUGCAACAAUCAACUCCUUCUAUCUGUGGGACUAUUGUCAAGUUUUAACUUUUACAAAGAAUCUUAGGUUACAAACAGCCUCAUCUAACCAAAAUUUGGUGGAGUUAAGGGAUUUCUUUGAUUGGUUAUUGAAAGUUGGAGAUGGAGAGAUUGGAGAUGAUGUUGAUGGUGAGUCAAUUAUUGAGAUUCCAGAAGAAAUGUUGAUUGAGGAUGAUGUUAAUGGACUUGCUCAACUUGUGGAUUUUGUAUAUCCAGACUUUUUGGGUAGAAUAGAUGAUCAAGAUAUUAAGUUCUUCCAAGAGCGCUGCAUUUUGUCUCCAACAAUUAAGGAUGUUGCUAUGUUAAAUGAUUACUUGAUGUGCAAUAUUAAAAGUGUGGAAAAGAGCUAUUUAAGUUCAAAUUCCGUAUGCAAAGAUGAUUUGGACUUCAAUACCAGUCAACAGACAUAUGCUCCUAAGGUACUUAACACAUUCAUUGCUUCAGGGUUUCCAGAUCAUAAAGUGAGUUUCAAAGUAGGCAUCCCAGCCAUGCUUUUGAGAAAUAUUGAUCAAUCCAGUGGCUUGUGUAAUGGAACAAGAUUACUAAUUACAAGGCUUGGAAAUCAUGUUGUGGAAGGAAAGAUUUUGUCUGGAAAAAGUGUAGGUCAGUCUAUCCUUAUACCUUGGAUGGGACAAACUCUUUCACAUGUUGGAAUUUACCUUCCAAGGCCUGUAUUCAGCCAUGGUCAAUUGUAUGUUGCACUUUCAAGAGUAAAAAUUGGAAUGUUGGAUGAUGACCAAGGUGAUUUUGUUGGCACGAUGAAUUAUGCAACCAGCGCUCCUCCUGAUAGCCAUGAGGAUGCAAAUGCGUCUCUGCCAGGUCAUAUGAAAGUAGAACUUUGAUCCCUUAAUGAAGCAGCUUAUAAUUGAUGGCCGUAUAGCAUUAUUACAGUAAACAGGUAGCUGGGGUCACAGUAGUUCCACUUCUAAACAUCAGUGGUUUAUUGAAAGUGUCAUUGGCUUAGAUUUUAUAGUGAGGAGCAGAUACUCACUUGGAAGCUUGACGUUCCUCGGGUGUAUGGUAGGGCAACAAACUUUGUUUUCUUUUGUUCUUGCGUUGAAUAUAUACACAGAAAUGGAACUCUUUGAUCAUGGGAAUUUAGUUAUCCUCCUAGCAUAAAAGAUGGGAGAUACUAUGGUGUAAGAUCAUCGCAUACAGGUUGCAAAUGGAAUUAUUGAUUUUUUGUUUGCAAAAGGCUUUAUAGAUACUAAAUCUUUGCUUCUGACUUUGCCCCUUGUUAGUUUUUAUUUCAAACUUUUUUUCCUAUGACGUUUCAUGCCUUAGUUUGGCAUAGCAAGUGCAGUAGAGAUUGUAAUUUUUCUUAUCAUUCAGUUUCCAUUGGCAUUAUCUCCCCUGGUGCCUGAAAAUAUGAACUUUUCAAAAACCUAACAAGUUUUCCAGCAUGCAUGAUGGGUUUAAAUAUUUCAUUUAAAAGAAAUUUUUGAAGUAGAUUAUUUGGAGAUUGGCUUGGAUAUCACACGUUACUAGACUAUAAUUGUGUUACCCUGUUGUAAGCCUGCUCAUGCAUUUGUAGCUAUGUUACAUAAACUCUGGAAUCAGGACCAAGUGUCUGAUAUUGAUUUCCUUAAAUAAUGCAGCCCUGAAUCCUUUUUAAUUUUGUGUAAUAGGUCACCUCUAUUUUUAUUAGAAGAACCUGUUACAUUGUUUUCUAAGCACCUGGUUAUCAAAACAUAUAUUUCUUUGGGUUGCUAGCCAUAUCAGUUAAGCA